CAUACAAACUUAUCAUCAUCAUCAUCCAAUUUGCCCGCCUCCUUGCAACUUACUCAAAGGAAGAAAAUGAAUCAAGCCUAUGCACAACUGCAAAAGUGUGUGCCGCACAUUCCGAUCGAUCAGAAACUGCCGAAAAUUAAAACAUUACGACUCGCACUUCGCUAUAUUCAGCAUCUACAGGAUGUUUUGAGAGGAGAUGAAUUGUUUCGUCCAUCAUUUUCAAACGAAUUAAGACCACUCGAAUUGGAAGAUUUCGCUUCAGUAGCAAUGGCCGAGGUGCAAGCCAGGAACAACUACAAAGGUUAA